AUGGACGAUGGCGAGUUUUGGAGGGCUCUGAGGGCGGGAGACGUGCAGACUGUGGAGACGGGUCUUCUGGCGGGGAGGGACGUCAAUCAGAGUUUGACACGGAAUGGUAGGACCGCACUCCAUCUGGUCAGCUUGAUCGGGAAGACUGGGGUAGUGGAGCUACUGAUUCAACAUGACGCUAAUCUGGAGGCAAGGGACAAGGUUGGCAGGACCGCACUCCAUGUGGCCAGCUCAAACGGCCAGACUGGGGUAGUGAAGCUGCUGAUUCAACAUCGCGCCGAUGUGCAGGCCAGUGAUGAGUAUGGCAGGACCGCACUGCAUAUGGCCAGCUCAAACGGCCAGACUGGGGUGGUGGAGCUGCUGAUUCAACAUGACGCUGAUUUAGAGGCGAGGGAUGAGGUAAGUACUGACAUGGCAAUCAUCUCAUGUAAAGAUUGA